UUGGCCACGUCGGUGUCUUCUCGCUUUACCGACGGUGUCUAACAACUUUCGGUCAAGGAAAACGCCGACAAGAAUCUCAUUUGCUCUCCCCUAUCGGUGGAAAUCGCACAGAGCAUGGCAUACAUGGGAAAUGAGGGAUAUUUUGAAACUGCCCGACAACAAAAAGGAAGUGGCAGCCAUAUACAAGGAUCUUCUGAGUAAGCUCGAACGGCGCGAAAAGGUAGCCAUUCUUAGUCUGCCAAAUCGCAUAUAAGUUAACAAGAAGUUUGAGCUAGUUCCGGAGUACAAUCAGAUGGUAAAGGAUUCCUUUAAGGCUGAAGCGGAGGCAAUCAGCGCUGACGAUCCCAAGAUAAUCGCUUUCAUUGUCAAUAAGUGGGUAGAUAAUCAGACGUGUGGCAAAAUCAGAGACUUAGUUAAGCCCAGUGACGUGACGAAUCAGGUAUUGGUCAUCUUAAAUGCCAUUUACUUUAAGGGCCAGUGGCAGAGCAAAUUGAAUACCGAGCACACGAAGUCCGAUUUCCAUAUUUCGGAUCAAAAGAGUUGUUACUUCGGGAUGAUGUCACUAGUUAAACCAUUUAGGGCUUCAUAUAGUAUAGAACUAGGUGCCAAAUUUAUCGAGCUGCCCUACAAAAAUUCAAACCUUUCCAUGGUCAGUUAUCUACCUGACAAAGUCGGUGGUCUAGCAGAGUUGGAGAAAAAUAUGGUUGGAUUCACUCCGAAACUUAUCAAUAUUGAUGUGCAUCUAAGGCUUCCCAAGUUCAAAAUCGAGUUCUUCGCUAAUAUAGAGCCAGUUCUUAUAGCGAUGGGCAUACAAGAUGCGUUCAAGACAUUCACUGACUUCAAUGAUCUGGUCGCGAACAGUGGGACAUGUGGGGGCGUCGUUCAUGAGGCGUUCCUGGAGGUUAAUAAGGAAGGUUCUAAAGCAGCGGCUGCAACAGCUGUAAUUUUUAAGUAUAUCCCGCCAAUGGAUUUUAAUGUCAAUCAUCCAUUUGCCUAUGUCAUUCGCGAUGCGGAAACCAUUUACUUUCAGGGCCACUUCGUGAACCCGGAACGAUAAAAUGAACUUUUUUUUUUUUUUUGUUUAUAUAACAACACUUUUGGCUAUAGCUGAUAAAAUACAUAUACCAGAUUAAUAAAAGUAAAUUAAUCUUUAUUUAUAAUUAUACUCCAUAUUAAAGGGAAAGGUGUUUCGGGGUUUCUCCUUUUGUAGAAGGUCUAGAAAGUAGUGAGUACCUUAUUACCCUUAUUAUGAU